AUGUCCGACCUGCCCUCUAUUAACAGCACUACCAGCAUCUCAGACAACGUCGCCCUUAAGAACUAUUACGAGAACUUGCUCUUCCGUAACGCUUCUGGUAAGUCGUUAAGUGGUGAGCAACGUGACCAUGACAGGGGCGGCGAGCGACCUGAUAAGCUCGACAACAGCAACAACAACAACAACCUCAAAUUUGAUAGAAAUGACAGAACUCAUGACUUUGUCAAGAAUCAUCCGGACUUUAUCACUGGUUGGGACAAUCCUGUUGUUACCGCCAAUGCUAAUGCUAUAGCACAGACCUUGCCAUCUGGUAUAACUCCGGGCAUCCCUUCUGGUAUAACAUCUGGUAUUUCUUCAGGUCUUCCUUCUUCGGGGCUACCUUCUGGAAUCUCCAGUGUCUCUUCUGGUAUCUCAUCGGGUCUUACUCUCAAUUUCCCAGACCGUCGUUCUUCUUACAUUUCAGAUUCUCUAAUUGCCUCUCAUAGCACUUCUCAUAACACUUCACCAUUUUAUCCAUAUUACACACCAGUUAAUAACAAUAGCAAUAAUAAUCCGUUACAAAACUCGUUACUUCAGAAUACUUCGACACAAAAUUCCUUGACAGGUCCGUCUCUUCAGAACACUUCAUCAUCGCUUUACCCGCCAACCACUGCUUCUGCUGCCGCACCUAAUACUGCUACAAAUAAUGCCACACCUAAUACUGGGUCUACUGCGUCUGCGGCGUCUAGUAUUGCCUCUACUAACACCCCUACUCCUGUGUCGGCACCACCUACUCGUUCCCGUAGAAAUACUCAGCCAUAUCUUUCCAAGAAUCAACAAUAUCUAACCACAAAGACUAACCCACUGACGUCUUUACCCUUGGAUAAUGGUCUUAUACUGUUAAAUAAUAAUUAUAUCAUCACGUCUAACGAUCUCUUGUCGUUAUACAAGAAUUAUUCAUUACAAUAUUUUUCCAUGGAUUUGGUCACUGAUUAUAUUGACUCGUUGAAAUUGUCUAUUUCCACUAAUGCCAAUUUCCAUGUCAAAUUGAAUAAAUUCAUUCAAUAUUUAAUAGAAUGCAAUUCCAAUAAUCAAGAUUAUAAACCUUUGGCCUUAGUCACUUUGAAAAAUGGGAAGUUGGAAUUAUUAUCCACCCCCAAAGAUACUAAACUGAUAAUGAAACGUUAUGAUUUAAUCAUCAUUGAUGGUGAUCGUGGUAAAGAUUUGGCUAUGGUUGUGGAACCAACUUUAGAUUUCAAACUAGCCAUUCUUUUAAAUUUCUUGAAGAAAAAAAUCCAUUUUGAUUCUUUAAUUACUAAUAAAUUAGAUCAUAUUCAAAACACUUUAUUUAUAAACUAUAUUUUCGAACAAAAGGAAUUGAAAUUUUAUGAUUUAAAAGAACUGACUCAAUUAAUCAUUCCUUCUAAACAAGUUUUAAGAUUUGCAACUCCUUGGGAAGUCACCAAUAAUUUGAAAAAUAAAUAUAACGAUGAAUUAAAGGCUUUACAAUUCGCUAAAUUGAAAUUAUCGAACAAUUCAAAUUUGAAUAUUCAAUUGUUAAAUUCAGAAUUCCAAUUCGAUCAUAAAAAACUAACGUUUUAUUAUUUAUGCAAUGAAAGAAAUGAUUUCAGAGAUUUGAUUAAAGAAUUGUUCAAAUUCUAUAAGACAAGAAUUUGGUUAUGUGCAAUACCAAACAAUUUAAAUAUCCAAGUCUCCUUUAUGGAAAAUAUGCAGAAUUUCCAAAUAGGUGUCUACAAGCAAUUGACUACUGAUCUUUUCGAUUAUUAA